UCUUAGGGGCGGGCCGAAGGCAGAGAUCCCCGGCGAGGCUUCUCGACUAGUGGCGGGGCUGCGGCCAUGGAGGAAGACGGGGAGACCCUGUCCGCGCGGCCAGCCCUGGAGACCGAGGGCCUGCGCUUCCUGCACGUCACCGUGGGCUCCCUGCUGGCCACCUAUGGCUGGUACAUGGUCUUGGGCUGUAUCCUCCUCUACGUGGUUUUUCAGAAGCUUUCCACCCGCCUGAGGGCCGUGAGGCAGAGGCAACUGGACAGCACCGAGGCUGCUGUGGAACCUGAUGUUGUUGUUAAACGACAGGAAGCCGUGGCAGCUGCUCGUUUGAGAAUGCAGGAAGAGUUAAAUGCACAAGCUGAAAAGCAUAAAGAAAAACUAAGACAGCUUGAAGAAGAAAAAAGGAGACAGAAGAUCGAAAUGUGGGACAGCAUGCAAGAAGGAAAAAGUUACAAAGGAAACACCAAAAAGCCUCAGGAAGAAGACAAUCCUGGGCCUUCUGCUUCUUCGGUCAUCCCAAAACGUAAAUCUGACAGAAAGCCUUUACGGGGAGGUGUCUAUUUUCAAAGCCAACAGUGGUGAUAUUUAGAAGAGGAGUGCCAACAGUAUAAAAUGUAAUGUAUAUCAUACAUAUCGUGUAUAUCAUGCAUGGCCUCUCUCAGUGUCCCCAGCAGUUAUGAGGUAGGUGCAAGUCCUGGUCUGGUUUUACAGAUAAGGAAACCGAGGCACAGAGAGCUAUAGCUCAAGGGUCCCACAGCAAGGAAGGAACACAAGGGGGACUCAUUUAAGGUCUGGCUGACCACAUGUCCAUGAUCUGCUUUGGGAAACCAACAUUUGGGAGGGGAGAGGAAGUAUAGGUUACCAGUUACUAGGGCGGUAGAAGUUGCAAGUUACCUUCUGUUCUCAUUUGUUGUUGCUGUUCCUCAGCCUUUACUUGAAGGCCUAAAUUUUAUUAAGCCCUGUGAUAGGGAUCUUCAAAUACUUCAAUCAGGCCAUUUUGAGAGUUUGUUUUUGUUUUUGUUUUUGUUUUUGUUUUUGUUAUUUAACGAAUUUUUUGGUGUGUGUUUUGGGACGUUUUUGCAUCUCUCGGGAGUUAGGACCGAGAAACUGAAGGGCUUCUUUUUUUUACCCCAUUGCAGUCAAUUAAAAUUGCCAUCACUAUAUAUAGUAUGUCUUUCAUAUGGUGGCCAAAAGUCUUAUGAAGAUUUCCUCGAGAAUAGAAUCUGUAUCUUUAGUGUUUUGAAUGUCAAGCUUGUGAUUUUAUUUUUGUUAUAAAAUGUUCCCAGAUUUUCCCCCAUCUACACUGUGUGAAGCACUGUCAGUAAAUGCUUCCUCUCUGUCCUCUCAGGUUAUAACCCCUUGUCUGGCGAAGGAGGUGGGACGUGUUCCUGGAGACCUGGACGCAGAGGCCCAUCAGCUGGUGGAUGAGGCUAAGAAUCUUGUUAGUGUCAUUUCUGACAUUAGCAAGAUGAGCCCUUGAUCCUCAAUUCAAUUGCCUUACGCAUGCUUUUCACAGUGACAAGCCAGGGGGAGGUGGGGUUUAUUUCUGGUCAUACUCCUGUUCAAGACGAUGAUCACAGUCAUUAAUUUCAUGCUAAUUUCUAGUGUGUAGAGACCUCUGGAUGAUUUAUAUUCUUGAUCAGAAAGGCCGAGUAACAGUCUUGUAAAUGAGAACUCCUUGCCAUAGAACAGUCUCUGUGACGGGUUGCGUUGAAUGACGUCUUCCUUAUAAAUGGUGAAGCCACCAGUGAGGAUAACUGAUAAUAGACAAUUGAUGGGGUCUGUUUCUGUUAAUUUAUUUUUACUUGCAGAACUCUGUAAAAAUGAAACUGUAAAUAUUAAAAAAUUGUGAAUAACA